AACAAAACAUUUCGAAAUUUUCAAAAUGAGCGGAAGAGGCAAAACCGGUGGUAAAGCCAGAGCAAAGGCUAAGACUCGCUCAUCCAGGGCAGGACUGCAGUUUCCCGUCGGCCGUGUGCACAGGCUUCUCCGUAAAGGCAACUAUGGUGAGCGUGUCGGUGCUGGUGCUCCCGUUUAUCUGGCAGCUGUGCUCGAGUAUCUCACCGCCGAGAUCUUGGAGUUGGCUGGAAACGCCGCAAGAGACAACAAGAAGACCCGUAUCAUCCCCCGUCACCUGCAGCUGGCGGUGCGCAACGACGAGGAGUUGAACAAACUCCUGGGCGGAGUGACCAUCGCUCAGGGCGGUGUGUUGCCCAACAUCCAGGCUGUGUUGUUGCCCAAGAAAACCGAGAAGCCCGCCAAAACCAAGUAAAUUAACGCGGUUUUGUUUACUGGAAACUCCCAAAGGCUCUUUUAAGAGCCACCCACUCUCUCCUUAAAGAGCGACUUUAUAGAUAAGUGAAACAAGUAGUUAUUGAAACGUGUGUAAAGGCAUUGUGAGCCUUAUUUGGUGUUGUGGUUAACCACUUCUAUAAACUCUGAGUUGUAUAUAAUUGUGUUAUAGCAAAAUUUUGUUUUUCUUGGGUGGAAACUAACAAAAGCCGGAAUAGUUUCACCAGUACAUAUUAAUUCAUAGAAUAAAAAGUUUAUUUGUGUGCCCACUGAA